GAGCUGACGUAUCUUCCUCACGUUUGCUGCUUCAACCACACCACGUCGUCGACGUGGACUUAGAUACUUGCAAUAAUCGAAACACUAGGAAAUCAUCCUCUCUUCAUAAACAUUUCUUCUUUGUCCAUCGCGAGAAUGUCUAUAACGCCAAUUAUCACAUUCAAGGCGGGUAUCUGUGACCUCGAGACUCAGUCCUCGGGUGUCCAUGCCAAACCUCAGCCGACACCCGGAUACCUUUACCUCUAUUCCGAAGAUGAAUUGAUUCAUUUUUGCUGGCGCCCUCGAAGUGCUCCCCACACAGAACCUGAGUUAGACCUGGUGAUGGUUCCUUCUGAUGCGACAUUUACGCCCUACCGCGCAGACAGCAAACCCACGAAUGGCCGAAUUUACGUCCUCAAAUUCUCAUCAAGUUCCCAGCGGUAUCUCUUCUGGCUUCAAUCCAAAUCCCAACAUGAGAAUGCCGAUCCGGCUUUCUGGAGUGCAAGGGACCUUAAGCUGGGUUGGAUUGUUAACAAGCUUCUGCAAGGCGAAGAGUUUGAUGUGGAAAGGGAGAUUGCGACUAUCCCAAAAGGCCCAUCCAAUGGUGAUGACGAUGAAACCAUGGAGGAUGUUGAAGGCGUGGACCAUGACCCAAACCACCCUCACGGAGGUAGUGGUGGCGGUGCAGGACCGGAUGCGACUGGGGGAGACGUGAGAGAGGAGGGACAGGAAUCGAGAGAGGGCGGAGCAGAUGGCGGACGAGCGGCUGCCGUUGACUCCGACGCCUCGGCUGUGGUACAGAACUUUUUAAGGUCAUUCGGAGGAAACCAAUCUCAGCAGGCCGAGCAACCUUUCACUACACUACAAGAUCUUCUGUCACCUUCGACCACGCUGCCUUUCUUGGACACUUUAAAUGUCGAGGGCGUUGAUAACCUCUUGAAAUUCUUGCCCCAAGAGCUUCUCAUCCUAGCGCUGCAGAUGGAGGACCAGUUGGCUUCCCAACAACGCCCCGAAACUGCACAAGAAGUUCUAGACGCCCUCAACCUUUCGCAGAAGAGGAACAUUCUUAGAAAGAUCCUACGCUCACCGCAAUUUACGCAAAGUCUCGCAAGCUUGACCGUGGCUAUAAGGGACGGAGGGUUACCGAGCAUCAGCGAAGCCCUAAAGAUUCCAGUCGAGAAUGGGGGCUUCAUGCGUCGAGGCGGUGUUCCGCUUGGGGGUGGUGAUGCAAUGAAAGCGUUUAUUCAAGGCGUUCGGGAUUAUGUCAAGGACUCGACGCAAGGGAACCGCAUGGAAACUGAUUAAUCUAUAUUGAGUUGAGGCCGUUUGUUUGGCAGAUUUGUAACUAUCCACUUCUGCUCUAGAUGAUCAAACGCGGCAUGCUUUGUUAUUUUUAGGCCUUGGCGCGGAGUUAGUAACAGGCAGCACCGUUUAAGAAAUCAAAC